AUGGUCAAUGAAAAACACAUAGGAGUAGAAGCACAUUCAGGGGUUACUGGCAAGGAACAGCAGCAAAGGUGUGUACGUCAGGUUACCAAAUGUGAGUGUGGAUUCUCUUCAAAUUUGAAGCUACCAAAUUCACUUAGAAUGAGGGUUGAGCUUGGAUUGUUUCAGGUUAGGGAUCAACAGAAACCAGGUUGGGUAGAGUACCUCGGGUUGAAUUCAGGUCAAACUGUGUCGGGUGUCAAGUUACCUGAAAGGCGGCUGAGAAAAUUUGGGAAGGGUGUCUGUUCAAUGCAUAAUGAUUAA